AUGAGUAGUGAAGGAGUUGAUUGUGCGACUUGGCACGCGUACGUCAAGGACGCCAGUGAUUGCACUGUUGAAAUCAGACCAGGAGUCGGCGGAGUAGAGGCUGGCAAAUGGUGUAAGGAUAUUUUUGAUAUGCUCGAGCGUUUUGCUGGCAUCAUGGGAUGGGCCGCGCCGGAAGUGAAAGUGAUGGAGCAAGGCGUGAAACGAACUCCCGAGAAAGGAAUCUUUGGAUAUCUCAAGUUUGAGGCGGGCAUACAUCGAGUACAACGGGUACCAUCGUGGCCAGCAGACAGCCUCCCACAGACUUCAGCAUGUAGCGUUGUUGUGCUCCCUCGUGAGGAUCCUAAUAGCAAUCUCAUACCAGUGUUGAAGCCACAUGAAUACAAAGUGUGGAUCACGAAGAAAUCCUCGGGACCUGGGGGACAGUGUGUUAACGCGGCCCACCAGGCUGUGAGAAUUCGCCACAUUGAAAGCGGAGUUGAAGGUUUCGCUGAUUGUUAUCGCGCGUUAAAAUCAAACAAGGCGUUGGCAUUGCAACAAGUGUCGCAAAAAAUUAUGGAAGAAAAAGGAAAGAAAAUCGCGAAGGAGCGAGGGAUUAUACGGAAACAACAUAUGGGCUCCGGCGAUCGCAGUGAGAAAAUACGAUCGUAUAAUUACCUCAACGGUACCGUAGUUGAUCACAGACUGCCGAAGUCUGAAGAUGGUCCUAAUGCCCUAGAGGAGAUCAUGGAUGGCGAGGGCCUCUUGCAUGACAUAAUUGAACCGCUGAGAUUGCAGGAGUAUCGUCAGCGUGUUCAGGACUAUGUCGUGUAUGAGUUGUGA